GUGCAAGGUGUUCAAUAUACGAUGGUGAGAAGGUCUACCUCGGAGUGCGUGUCAAAAUGCCUGUAAGGGAUCUUCUGAAAAACAUCCGCCUCGCCCAAGGCAUGGCACCUAAAGAUCCUAAGGAGAUCUACAGCAAAACAGUCAAAGGAGAACAGCAACGAGUCAAAACCCGCAAAGGACGCCGAACUGCCAUGAGAAAACACCCCACCAAAAGCCUGGAGGAGCUGUCAAUCAUUGUUGAGGUGCUGGAGGAGGAUCUGAGGACCAGCAACAACUGCCGCUUCCCUCCCCAAUCUUUGUCCUUCGAGCCUCCAGUGUCUCCUGAGUGGUCUUCAACUGGUGCAGGUUACAACAGCGACGAGUCUGAUGAAAUGAUCCCCAGCCCCCAGUCCUACAUGACCUACUCACCAGGCACAGCAGAGUACCACCAGGCCCUGUCCCCUCCCGGAUUCAUGCACAACAGCCUUCAGUUUUACAGCGUUGAAGACGUUGGAAGAGAUGGUGGCACAGGGGAGGAGUGGUUUGAUUCUGACUGGAGCCUGAACAGCUCUGCUUUCUUCUGGACACAGCUGCAGAAAGAGGAGAGCCAGCUGAGGGACAUCUCUGACGCUGUACUGUUGGCCGCCGAUGAACACGGCAGGACAGCUCUACAUAAAGUGGCGGGCAUCGGGAUGAGGGCACUGGGCUACGCCAUCGCCAAAAGGAUGGCCGCACUCAACAGCCUGGACCUCAAAGACUCUGAUGGAAUGACUGCCCUCCUCCACGCAGCGAAGCACAACCACCACCUGAUGGUAGCAGAUCUGAUGGGUUUGGGGGCCAACAUCAAUGAGACAAACAACUCAGGAAAGUCCUGCCUCCACCUCAGUGCUGAGAAAGGCUACAUCAGAGUCCUGGAGGUUCUAAAAAACGCAAUGAUGGAUGGUGUGUAUGUUGAUGUUGAAGCCACUGAUAACUCUGGAAUGAGUGUCCUCCAGUGUGCUUCAGUGGCUCUGAAAGCCACAGUAUGUGAGCUGGAGAGCAGCAUAUCCCCCGAUCGCUCCAGACUCCACACGCUCCGCCAAGAGCAGAUGAUGGAGACCCUGGAGUGCCUGCUGCAGAUGGGCAGCUACCUUCAUAUCAUGGGGAGCCGGAGUAUGCAACCUAUAAUCGGUCAAACACCCGGCACAUCUGCCCGGCAGGGCUUUUUCGAGACCCAACAGUAAUGUUCUAAGUUAGUUCAGGCUUGAAUUUGUCGUAGAGAGAAAAGAACCCCACUAAUUAUGUUUUUUUCUCCAAGCAUAAUUCAGGCCUGUCAUGUAAAGCAUCUGACGGUUUCUGUGUGAGGGGAAAAUACUUGACUUGCAAGCAGGUAUUUAUUGUAACCUGCACAGAAACGUUAGGUGCCCAUUGGUUGGUUUCUGUGAAACUUCCAUAGUUUGCUACAUUGGAGUUACUUGUCCUCAGUUAGUGUGUGUUCGUAGAGAUCCACAUGUAAAAUCCUAUGACUAUAUAUUUUAAAUAGCAUUACUAGAAACUAUUGCAGUGUUUCCUCUAGGUUUUUUUUUAGCAGUGGGGGCAGGCCUAUCCGAACAACCCCCCCGCCCCCCGUCCCGUCCCGUCUGCCCCAUUUCUGAUACCGUUGCGACAGAAAUCUAACAGCAGCGGGCCGCCUUUCCAAAAUCAACAUAGAGGAAACACUGCAUUUGUUAUGUUUUUCACACUAGAUUUACUGUCCAGUAGUGUUUAAGAGCCUGGUCCCCCUGAUACGAAACUUUCCAGCGGGAAGGGAGAGUGUCCUAAAAUGUAAGGGUUUAGGUUCUAUUAUAAUAAUAGAAUGUAAGAUUAGGGCAGCAGUGCUACAGUUCAUUGCUGUGUGUAUAUAUUCCAAAAUGUCUGUAAUUGAAUGAACUGGGCCGAUAAAUAUAUGAUCAAGAACUGAUCAGUAGAGAUUUGAACAAGGAUUAUUCCCUUGUAAGAACUUGAUAUUUCAAGCCAUAGAAUUUACAUGUGAGAUCUUUGAAAGGACUUUUGGACUAGAGGACAUUACAAGUUUUAGUAAGCUUUGUUUGGUGAUGGGGAGUAAAUACAGUUUAAUUUGACUCGCACAUAGUUUUGAGCCUGUCAUGUGCAUGUGCACUUCUUGGACCCAUUUAAACUGUACUGUGUCAACUGUUAUGUAACCCUGUUUUUGCAUUAUGUUUAGAGGAACACAUGGGAAUAUUUACUUUUUGGUAAAUGCACUUACCGUACUUUUCUAUCUAUAUUAGUUUAAUCUCUUUGCAUUCCAUAGAGUAGCAUUGAGUUGUUUAGCCUAGUUAGCUUAGCUCACUGACUGGAUGCAGGAAAGAGCAUGGCUAGCAAAGUCAGAGAUGCCUUCAACAACUCCAGAGCUGUCAGAAGUACACACUGUAUCAUCUGUAUUUCAUAAAUGCAGUAGAAAACAGAACAUUGUGGUCAGACAAGCAGCUACUGAAGUAAUUCUUGGAUGUACUACUGGUUAGCAAGUUGGCAACAUACAAACAGCACAGUUUGGAGUUGUUGGAAGGAACAUUUUUCUUGGCUAGCAUUAAGUCUUUAGGCUAAACUAGGCCAAACACACCCAGGAACAUCUCUCUACUGAACGUGUGAAUAUAUAUUAUAAAGUGACUGGACACUGCUGUAGUCCAUGUAAAGGUUUUAUAAGAAAUUGGUUGUAUGUUCUUACUUUCUGCCAUUUAUGUUACAGAAGUGUUUGGAGGGGAUUUUGUUUUAGUGUUUUCAUAUACAGACGAGUUGGGGAUUCUGGUUCCUGUUUGUAUUAGAGUAUUUUCUAUUUUGAAAACUGUAAGUAAGAAAAGUGUGGACUGGAUUGUGUGAGUCAGUUUUUAACUUUAAAGAUGUCACCAGUGUUUCCUUCAUGCUGUGUUUGUAUAGCAUUAUGAACUGUGUCAUGUGAUGCAUACAGAUUACUGUAGCCAGAGCUGCUCAACAGACAGAAGUUAUGUCAUAGUUUCAGCCAAAGUUUGUCUAUAUACAAAUAAGUAAUAAAUAGCAAAUCAAGACAUUUGAUCACAUAAAUAAGAACAUAAUUAGUGCCAUUACCAAGUUCUUACAUUCAUGAUCAUGUUACUAUGAUCUUCACAGAGUAAUAGGCUAGCCUAAAGGCUAAUAUUUGUCUCAAUCUGAAAUGUUUGCUCUGCUCUUAAGAAAUUACAUUUCACACACAAAUGGAACAUAACACAAUGAUUCAGAUUGGUGAUGGGUGUUAGUUAUCAGUGUCACAAUUUAUGUUUCUGUAACAAUAAUGUAUUUUCAUCUUAAAG